AUGAAAAAUAUUAUCAGCACAAUUUUUGUCGCUCUCGCAAAUGGAGAAAAAUUCGGAUCAUCAGAGGUUUCAAAGGACUUGAAAUUUGGAUGGGACCUGAAAAAUAACUGCGGACCAAGGCCUCAAGGACCCCGCUACCCAGAACCUCCGGUCGCCUCCUCCGGCGACCCAAAUGAAAACAAGUCAUGUGACAUCAUCACCGAUGCUCAGUACAUUUCUGGUUACAAAUGCGAAGCGCCUUGCCAAGCAGAUCAGGAAAUAGUCGUCGAAAUCAACUGCAACUGCCACACUUCGAUGGGUCCCCUGCAGUUUAUCAAACAAUGCGAGUGGGAAUUCGUCGACGGAAAGAAAUGUCCUUCUUUGAAGCCUUUUCAAAAAGAAUUCGACUGGGAGUGCGACCCAAGAUUUCACAACUGCCCUGGUCCUCAGUACAGAUCGGUAAACCGCGGCCCUUUAGCUUCUCCGAGACCUGCAGUUCAAUCAACCAGGGACAGGCCUGCUUUUCAACCAAAAAUUGCGGACCGUGGUCAAAGGGUCCCAACCGAUCAAGAGGAAGGAUCCCUCAAAAUUGAGCCAAUUGGUGAUCAUGGAGACCUAAUUACUCAGAAAGAAAAAGUUAAUGGAACGACUUCAAUCACGAACAUCAUCGAUUUUGCCCCAGUCUUCUCCAAGCUCUUCCACGGUCUCGAAGAAGGCGAAAAAGGAGAAACCGAAGAAUACAAUCAGCCUCGAAAGCGAUCUCUCCGAGACCACUACGAGUCAGAAUACCCAGAUUACGACAUGAACUACUACGGCGAUUUCUCCACGCAGAACAUUUUCAAGCAGAUAACCAAAGAAAGCCUCAAUGUCCAACGAAGACUCGCUCGAACAAUUGCUCAACGAAAUCACCUGCGUCAUGUGAAAGAAUCGUUGACUAAAAAGCUCGAGUCGGUUCUUGAUCUCGUAACAGAAUACGAAGGUUCUUCCGGAAAUGAAGAUUUAGCGACUUUGAUUGCGGAAAUUCAAGCGACCUAA